AUGGAGUCUUCUGGACUUCUGAGCAUCCUCCUGCUACUCAUCCUCAUUGUGAAUAUCCAGGGACCUCGCCUAAGUGAUUGGCUCUUUCCCAGGAAAUGCCCCAGAGUCAGAGAACGCUGUGAAUUCAAGGAAAGGGACCUGUGUACGAAGGACAGACAGUGCCGGGACAAGGAGAAGUGUUGCAACUUCAGCUGUGGAAAAAAAUGUUUAGACCUCCAACAAGAUAUAUGCAAGCUACCAAAAGAAACUGGUCCCUGCAUGGCUUUUUUUCGUCGUUGGUGGUAUAGCAAGGAAAACAAUACUUGCUACACCUUCAUCUAUGGUGGCUGCCAGGGAAACAAUAACAACUUCCAAACCAAAACCAUCUGCCAGAAUGCCUGCCGAAAAAGACCAUGUCCUUCACCCAGGAGCCUUAGGGUGGCAUGUGAAGUCAAAGAAAGGAACCAAUGUAUGAGGCACAGACAUUGCUCAUAUCACAUGAAGUGUUACCUGUUCAGCUGUGGAAAGAGAUGCUUAGACCUCAGGAAAGGAACCUCACCGAUCCCUCAACCACCUGACGCUCUCUGCUCCUUCCUCCUGCACUGA